ACUACAAUAUUAUAAUUUGAAAUACUCUUACCUAUUUAAUGUUUCAUCAUCCAUUGUAUCAAAAUACAUAUAAUUUUUAUAAUACUAGUAUUUAGAAAAUAAUAUUCUUUUAUUUUCUCGUUAUUCAAGGUACUAAAUAUAUCUGAGACAUUUUCCUUGAGUAGUAUAUGAAAUUUUAAAAGCAAAUAAUAUAAAUUGCUAUGUGAUUAUCUGAUUGACAGAAAUAUAUUCAUAAACAAUGUUGCUUACACUUAAAAAGAAAUAAAUAUCAUAUAGCUUAUUUACUUAAAGCUAAAAAUGAUGUAUGGAUUAUAUACGUGCUUACUGACAUAAACGAUAGUGAUGUUACAGAUUUGAGGUUAUAUUCAUACCAUAAUAGUAAACUUAAGUUAUCGUUAUAAGCAACUGCACUUGCGUUGUUAUAGAUAUAUCAGUUAAACACGUUUUAGUCAAAUCAGUUGUUUGUUAAUUAUAACAAACUCGUAUUCUGUCAAGUAAUUUCAUUUCAGCAAUGAUGGAGGAUCAGGAGUUAAUUAAAUUAAGAAAUUUAAAAACAAAAUUACUUAAGGAGGCAAAUGAUUUGGUUGCAAAAUUAAAACAACAAGAAAUAGAUGGUCAAAAAUGCUUCUCUACUACAGAAUUAGAAUCAAACACUCUAAGAAAUGUUAAGAUUAAAGAGAAUAAAUUACAUGAACAUGUUAAACAUACAUUUUGCGAAGUAACUUGUGAAGUUAUGGGUAUAAGAUUUGAAAACAUAGAUAGGGAAUGGUUAAAUAAUAACAUUUAUAAAUAUAUUGCUGAAAUGAUAACAUCGGCUCUGCAAUGUAUCUUAGAGCUAACAGUGAAGAUAGAGGGAGAAAAUGAAUUUGAAAUUCAAAAUAUCACAUGUCAUUUUAUAGGACUUAAUAAUUGCUAUUUAUUGGAAAUUCAAUCAUGGGUACAAAACAUCAGUAGACUGAAAAAUUUUGCACUUUUAAUGUCUGCAAUUUCACAAUAUAGUACACAAAGUGAAUCAAGAAGAAAGAUAUUAGCACGAUUGAAAAAGAUAAAAUAUGCAACAUAUAAACCAUGUAGGGAUAAAAAUGGAGGCAUAACAGUGUUCAUACAUUCUCCUGAAAAUGUUAAACAAAUUUACUUACAGUUUCAGUGGUCACUAUUAUUUUUAGAACAAACUUGGCAAAGUGGACACUUCUUUAAUAUUUACCCUACAUCAGAAGGUAUUAACUUUACAAAUGAAAACCAAAAUUUGUUAACAAACUUUUGUGAAAAGUCUAUUGCAGACAAUGAACUUGUACAUUUAUGGCAAAAAUUGUGUAAUGCAGUUGACUUAUAUGAAAAUAAAAAUAAAAAUGAUAUAGUGCAAGAUACCAAAGGACAAAGAUUGUAAUAAUAAUAAGAAAUAAAUAGAAGCUCCUAAAUGUAUAAAUUUAAUUGUAUCCAAGUGUAUGGUCACUGUUACAAUAAAGU